AUGGCGUUGCUCUUCCUCCUUGUUUCAAAUCUAUUGGUCACGGCGAUGUCAAGAACCAUUACAAUGGAAAACAAAUGCGAAUACCCUGUUUGGCCUGCAAGCUACACCUACGUCGGAGAGCUGCAAACAACUGGAUUCCUUCUGGAGAAGGGAUAUACGCAGCGUACCAUCAACGUGACAUCGCCAUGGAUUGGUUAUAUAUGGGGUAGGACACUCUGUACGACCAACACAUCAGGUGGAUUCUCAUGUGUAACCGGAGACUGCAACUCAGGCCAAAUCGAAUGCUCCGUUCCUCAUAUGGAAAACAAUCCUGGCCUGCCGGCAACAUUAGCGGAGUUUAACCUAGCUUAUGACGAUGGUGAUGACUAUUACGACGUCAACGUCAUGAAUGGUUACAAUCUUCCUUUGCUAGUGACCCCUGAGGAAGAAAAGUGCCAAAGCAUCGGAUGUGUUGUUGAGUUGAACAAGACGUGUCCAUCGGAGCUGAGGUUAUACAGUAACGAUACGGGAUCGAAAGAUCCGUAUGCCUGCAGGACCUCGUGUCAGAAGAACCCUUUGCCGGAUCUUUGUUGUGUCAGACCCUACGUGGGUGAAAAAAGUGUCGUUGAUUCGAAAGAAUGCAAACGGACGAUCUACUCGGAGACUUUAAACCAGACGUGCCCAGGUGCAUAUAGUUACGCCUACGACAAUAAGAUCAGCACUUUCACUUGUCCUAGCUCCUCCAAUUUUGUCGUCACGUUUUGCCCGACUAGCCUAACGAAACCAGUAUCAGUAGAAAAACCUCCAUUGAGGACCGGCCAAAAGCAAAGGGUAGCCAAACUAUGGAAGUUAAAACUCAUACUAGGAGUUUCAUCAGUUUUAGCUUUGAUGAUCAUUAUUGCGGUGGUGGUAACGGCGAGAGUAUAUAAUAUGAAAAAGAGUGAUCCGAGUGGGAAAAGCAUCGAAGAAAUUGUAAUGUUGAAACGAUAUAGUUAUUCACAAGUCAAGAGGAUGACAAAAUCAUUCGCAAAUGUUCUUGGAAGAGGAGGAUUUGGAACUGUCUAUAGAGGGAAAUUACCUGACGGCAGCCGAGAUAUUGCAGUGAAAAUCUUAAAGGAGUCAAAUGGGAAUGGGGAAGAGUUCAUCAAUGAAGUGGCUAGUAUGAGCAGAACAUCUCAUGUUAAUAUUGUUUCUCUACUUGGAUUCUGCUAUGAAGGGAACAAGAAAGCUAUAAUAUAUGAGUUUGUGCCUAAUGGAUCACUCGACAAGUUCAUCUCCGAGGAGAUGUCAGCGAAGAUGGAAUGGAAAACGUUAUUUAACAUUGCGGUAGGUGUGUCUCAUGGCCUGGAGUACUUGCACAACCGUUGUAUAUCAAGGAUUGUGCAUUUUGAUAUAAAGCCGCAAAACAUACUCAUCGCCGGAGAUUCUUGCCCCAAGAUCUCAGAUUUUGGUCUUGCUAAGUUGUCCAAGAAUAAUGAAAGCAUCAUGUCAAUGAUAGAAGCGAGAGGCACGGCCGGGUACAUAGCCCCAGAAGUAUUUUCCAAAAGUUUUGGAGCAGUUUCUCAUAAGUCGGAUGUGUACAGUUAUGGUAUGGUGGUUCUUGAGAUGAUUGGCGCGAGGUGUAUAGACAAAGUACAAAAAGCUGGAUCCAACGACACUUCAAUGUAUUUCCCAGAUUGGAUUUAUAAAGAUCUUGAGAAGGGAGAAAUCAUGAGCUUUUUGGCAGAUCAAAUAACAGAAGAAGAAGAUGAGAAGAUAGUAAAGAAAAUGGUAUUGGUGGGUUUGUGGUGUAUUCAGACCAAUCCAUUUGAUCGUCCACCAAUGAGCAAAGUAGUUGAAAUGUUAGAAGGGAGUCUAGAGUCUCUGCAGAUUCCACCUAAACCUCUUUUAUCUUUACCCGCCGUUACAGUUCAAAAUACUUUUGAUAGGAUUGAAGAGACUCCAAGUGCAAGUCAAGAUACUUCAGACAGUUCUGAAGAAUCAGUUCAAGAAAUCGUAAAAGAGAAUCAAGAUAGCUUAAGAUCUUACUAAACCACGACCAGCAAGUAAGAUCU